AGUAUUUCUGAUCACCUGCCUUGAAAUACCGCCCAUGUUCGGAUUUCCAAGUAAUAAAUUAAACACACGACGCUACAGUUUCAAAUUUGCCCCCAAAACAUUUCUCUCUCAUCUCUCUCCCGAACCGCCAUGAGCAUAAGCAUUCGGAGCUUCGGGUUAACUUACUAUUCAUACGAGCUCUACGACGUGACCUUCUUCGAUGACACCAUCAAAACCCUAGUAACCAACACCACCUGCAUCGUCGACACUUGGAUCUCCGACAUCAAGCGCCUCCACCACCACCGCCUCCACAAGCUCGUGGUCGGCCUCGAUGUCGAGUGGCGUCCCGUUCCCAGACAAGAAAGCCCCGUCGCCACACUUCAACUCUGCGUCGGCCACAAUUGCCUCAUCUUCCAAAUCCUGAUCGCCCCCGAAAUCCCCAAAUCCCUCGUAGAAUUCCUCUCCAACGACGAUUUCACUUUCGUCGGCGUUAAGGUCGAAGAUGACGCACAGAAGCUUUUCUUCGAUUAUGGGUUGCGGGUGUCUAGACCGGUCGAUAUUCGCAGUUUGGCAGUGACAGCUUUGAAUGAUCCUGGCCUUCGCAAUGCGGGUUUGGUGAGGUUGGCAAAAGAUGUUCUUGGGAAGAGUUUUGAGAAGCCGAAGAGUGUUUCCAGGAGUAAUUGGGAUGAUGAUUGGCUGAGUGAGGAUCAGAUACAGUACGCUUGCGUCGAUGCGUUUGUUUCGUUCGAGACUGGCCGGUGUUUGAAGGCAGCUAAUUAGAAAAAAAUUAAAUGGGCACUCUAAUCUGGGUUUUUGUGAUUGAAUCUUGGGUGAUAUAUAUAUAUAUAUAUAUAUAUAUAUAUAUGGUAUUAGGGUUCUUGUGAUUGAAGCUAGUUUUGUGAAUCUUGUGUUGAUAUGGUAUUAGGGUUCUUGUGAUUGAAGUACAUUUGUGAAUCUUGGGAUGAUAUUGUAUUAGGAUGUUUUUCAACUUUGCUUUUUAUAUAGUUUUGUGAAGCAGUCUUUUGAAA